GUAAAAGAGACAGAAGCAGAAAGGGAUAGAAGAGAGAACAGCAACUGAUUGAACUGGCCGCCAUCAAGCGAUUUUAUCCGUAUCAUUAUGGCGAAGGAUGCACUCCUUGACGUCUUGCAACAGACGAUAGGCAAGUAUGUGAAGGAUCUCGAUCCAAACAAAUUGAAUCUUGCCAUAUGGAAAGGCAAGAUCGAAUUAAAAACACUGGAGCUUGACGUGGAAUCCAUCAACUCGAUGCUAGACAAAAAAGCCAAAGAGGCUCCCAAUCUCGCCAUCCCAUUCAAGGUUGUAUCUGGUCAUUUUGAAUUGUUUGAAGUCGUUGUACCAUGGAACAAGAUAACGAGUAAAUCCGUUAUUUUGCAGGCACGGGGACUUUCUGUCGUAGUCGAACCACUGGACAGAGGGUCGCCACAGGCUUUUGAUGACGACGAGAUGGCGGAGAGUGAUGUGGAUAAAAAUUCAAAGCGAGUCGCGAGACAGCAUGAAUUGCGAAAAGAGCAAAUAGAAGAAAGUGAUAAAUAUCGCGUCCAGGCUUAUGCCUUGAAAAAGAUUGCUUUGAAACCAGAAGAAAACGAGGAGAAUAAGUCAACAUUUGCGCAACGACUUGCUUACAAGAUUAUUCAAAAUAUCCAGAUUGAAAUCAGCGAGGUACACAUAUCACUGAGAAGUGCAGAUGGUGCAAUGGGUGUAGUGCUAAAUUCCGUGAAGCUCGUGACUACUAACAGCGAGGGAAAGCCUGUAUACGUCAAUGAAACUGAAGCAGAUCGCCGUAAUUCUUCUCUCUCUGAUGUCGACACUUCGUUCCAGUAUAAAAUGCUUCAAAUUCAAGGCUUCGGUAUAUACCUUGACGAGGAUGAUUUUGAGAACGCGAGAAAAAGUCUACAGAGUAUAUAUGAAGAUAGCACCAGCAUUAUCAGUGAUAACAGUUCGAUUUCUUCCGCCAGAACUCAACUUCACACUUACAUAUUAGCACCGCUGGACUUUGAAACAAAAUUACGAAUUGCGGACAGUAAAGUCUGUGCAGAAUAUUCAAUGUAUCAAUUGAGAAGUAACCUUUCUAUGCUGUCUUUUCGACUUACCCGGAACCAAGUUGAUUUUGUGCGGAAAUUAGCGAAGAUCAUGUCGCCUUCUAUCCUUGGACCUACCAUUCUAUUCCCAGAGUACCGCCCAGUUGUACCUGUGAAAGGGCAUGCUCGCGAAUGGUGGAAAUAUGCAGGGAGGUGCAUUGGACGAAUUAAUGGCAGAAGAUUAUGGGUUGAGUUUUUUGAGGCUUUUACAAAACGAAGGAAAUAUAUCCCGCUCUACAAGCGACAUAAACACCACAAAGAAUGUCCUUGGGUGAAGCCGCUGACAGACGACGAAGCAAACGAUCUAGUUCUACUUGAACAAGAUCGGUCCAUCUCUAUUGAGGGGCUUAUGACAUGGAGGAAUAUUGCAGAUGGCCAAAUCGACAAAGAGCGCGAGAAGAGACCGAGUAGAGAUCAAAAAGCGAGUGAUUCGUAUUUCUCAUUCGUAUUUGGAAGCAGUCAACCCAGUGGCACCGAAGCUAAACAAAUGAUAGAUGACGAGGAGCCACCGAUCGUGUUAAGCGUGGAAGAAAUGAAGGAAUUGGAGGGAGUUUCAGUUCUCGAUAUUUUUGGGAAAGAUAUGGCAAAAGAUUGGAGUUAUUGUGACGUGACAUUCGUAUUGGAUGCGAUGAAGAUUGACCUGGUAGGUUAUGAUUUAAAGCAUGUUGCAUUGCUUGAUAUGGGAAAAGUGACCAUUGACUUUGAGACAAGUAUGGAUGGUGCUUUCAAAACAAGCUUUGAUCUGUACGAUUUAGAAGUUUUCGAUCGAACAACUCCAGAUAGUCUUUUUGCAAGUGUUUUGAAAAAGAUCGAGAGUGAUACGGAAUCCAAUAUGAGUGAAGCUAUCCAUCUCGAAGUAACAAAAUCCCCAAUCGGUGAUCAAAGUGUUGAUCUGAAAAUGGUGGGAUUUCAAUUGGUAGCCUCGAAGCUCAUGGCUCAGGAGCUGCAGAAAUUUUUCCAAGACUCUUCGAAUGGGUCAGCCUCGAUGAAAGUAAAAUCAAACCCUUUGUUAAGACAGUCUAUGACGGGUUCUAUCGAUAUUUUCUACGAUGCGAGUCAAGGAGAUUCAUUUCGUGCGCCUCAAAAUUUCGAGGAAGCUACUGAUGACACCAAAACCAAAAUGACUCCUGAAGCGACAGAAAUACUAUCGAAUAAAUUGAUCGAUGCAUGGAAAAAGAAAUCACAGAGUGAAGUAUCUUGGAUGCUUGACCUAUAUGUUAUAGCGCCAGUUGUUAUCAUUCCCGAAGCUUGCAAUGACCCCAGAGCUAAUGUUAUGGUCUUCGACUUGGGUAAAUUGGCCGUUAAAUAUGGAAAGGGUGAUCCGACCCCCGAGAUAAAGAGGUGGUUCGAUAAAUACCCAAGGGAGUCACUGAAUGAUAAGAAGUUCGAGGCUGGUACCAUUAACGUGAAACACUUGACUUUUAGUGUGCAAAAAGCCAACUGCUUACAACCCAUCCAUCCGUACCAAGAGAAUGAAGCCCCAAUUAUAGAUCCUAUCAGCAUAUCGAUCGACUUCGCGAUAGAGGACAUUGGUCCAAAUUUUGAACCUCGUUCUUGUUUUGUUGGAGUUAUUCCUACUAUUUCUUCGAAAAUUUCACCCUUUCAGGGGUCUCAAGUCCUGGGGGUUGUAAAUUCUUGGACAGAUAUGUUUAGCGGUGGGGAGGAUGAUGAUCAGAUACAGAGACCUACAGUGCCAACUACGAGUCCGGAGUCAAAAGUGUUAACAAACACUCCACUUUCUGUACCGAUUGCAAGCGUACCAGAAGGCGAAUCUGUCUCAAGUGGUGAAGAAAGCCGUGCUAUGUUUUACUGCAGAAUUGGUUUACAGCACCUUGAAGUUGCUAUAGUUGACAAGGGUCAAACGCAAUUAGAAGCACACUUAGUUUCAGUAUAUGCGUCGAUGUUACAAUGUUCAGAUGAAAGUUCUGAAAUUAAACUUACCAUGGGAUGGUUUUGGAUUCUAGAUUGGAUAACGAGUAGUUAUGUAAGGAAUCAAAGGCUUGUAAUCCACUCAAAUCUACCAUGCUCUGCCAAAAGUUUUGUGGAGAGAAAUAAUUACAAUGUUGUUGAGGAACUCAAUAAGAAAGGAGUUUUCAAACUGGACUACUCGGGGUCAACAGAGUUGGCUGAUGUCACCUUCAAGACACUACCAAGGAAAAUCAACCGGUCGGAAGAUGCCAACAUCUACCAGAUUCACGGGCAGUCUAUCUCGGCAAAAGAAAUUCAAUAUGUGCUUGAUGUAAAAUUUCGCAGCUUGGUUGUUCACUGGAAUCCGCACGCGAUAAAGGAGAUAAAUGCACUCUCAAACCGCUUUUUGGAAAUCUUCGUGAAUGAUGAUUCUGCCAAGGAAGACGGCGCUCUCAUAUUGAGUCCAGGGGAUUAUGAGGACUCUCUCAAAUCAGAACGAAAUAAAAACGUUUCUCGGAAAGAGGAUAUCGAAGGCUCUGACCCAUUGCUCAUCAUAGCCGAAAUGGAAAGUCUUGGUAUAAUUCUAAAUUCCGCAAGAGAUGAUUUGCCGUUAUUCACUUUGACGGUUUCUAAUACUCGGGUAUCCAUCAUUCCCCGUUCUGUAGGACAGGAAAUUUCUUUGAGUCUCGGUGAUCUUCAAAUUGCCACACCAGAACAGGCAGGAAAAACUCUUCCCGUUUAUCGAACGUUGCUGGGCAUAGAGGAUGGGAGCUUAGGAAGCCUUCUGGAAAUUAAAUACUGCGAAGGUCGCGAAGCAAUCGAAAGUCUAAACCUAGAGUCACCUGGAAUGGAAAACUUUGAAGCAAUAGCUGGUAUAGAACUUUCCCCAAUGCGUUUUUGCUACAUUCAAUCCCAAGUACUUACUCUUGUCAACUAUAUAACAGAAGGCGUUCUGGGUGCACUUACUGCGAAAGCUGCGGUUUCAGCUGCGGAAGCAGCAAAGGAACUAGGAAACUCAGUCUCAGGGAAUUCUUUUUAUUUUAUUCGAGCAACUUCGUUUCAGGCCGUUGUACCAGAAGCUGCAUAUCGCGAAGAACGCAUGUGCCUAAAAACUACGUCCCUCAAUGUCGAUUACCGCAUGUUUUCAGAUGCUCGAGGAAGUGAUAUUAGAGCUGCUUUGGCAAAUUUUAUGGUCACAGGUAAUCAUCAAAAAGAGCUACAAGAAGCUCCAAUUUACCUUUCCAUCGAUGUCAACAUGCCGCAGGUCGGGAUAGGUAGUCUAGAUGAUCAAGCCAUGAAAGUCUUGGCGAAUAUACCUGAGGCAAAAUUUGUUCUUACAAGGAAUCAAUAUUCGCAAAUGAUGAACACUCUUGAGAAGAAUUUUUCGGAGACAGCUCUUUUCCUUCGAAAGGAUGACUGGUCAGGGCAAAUAAUAACCUCAGCGAAGGAAACUCAUUCUGGUGUUCAGCUCGAUGAAAGUACCCAGCGAAUUCGUUUCAAACUAAAUAUUGGGGAAUUCUCGCUGGAGUUAAAUGAUCGAAGUCGGGAGGAUCCAAUAGUUAGAUUGACAGCUACUGAAACAGCAAUUUCGAUCAACAUGAUACCUGAUCUCGAAAAGUUUUCAAUGGAAGCGUUGCUGAAGAAUCUUGUUUGCGAAGAUCGCCGUUUGCUGUCGAGACCAAGGCAUAGUAGGUAUUUGAUUAAUCGAAGCAAUCAAGAUGGUAAUGUCAGACACACAGAUUUUUUUCAGAUCGAAUAUUCUCAAGAAGCAAACAAAACAAAUAUUGAUCUGAAAUUGGGAUCGCCUCAAGUGGUUCUCAUCCCAGAUUUGAUUUUAGAAAUUCUCUUAUUCUUCGGCGAAACAAAGGGCGAGGACGGUGUUGAGAGUCAAGCACCACCCACAAUUAGUCAAGAUGAAGUUUCGUCAUUGAACGAACGCCUUGCUCAAGUAGAUUCCAGUGACAACGACGUGGUACUUGAGGCAAACUUGAGAAGGUCGAGAACUUAUACAACAACGAUGUCGGCCAAAACAGGAACGUGUAGAUUCAUCCUGAUAGAUCUUGGUACCCAGUACACCAUGAGCGGAACAGCAACGAAUAGGCCACUAAGUUCUAAUUCGAAGGCUCAGCUGAGUGAAGCAGUAGUAACACAAGGAAUUUUUGCUGCAACUCUUUCCAUGGAAUCUGACAUAGAUUCAGGGGCAACAAUAGCUUCUACUUUUGAGUUCAAUUCAGAUGAAAUGGAAAUAUUCACCGCAUUUGGAAGAGAACUGAAGAGCCCUCUUCAGAUUUUGGAACCCGCAUUCGCAUCAGCAUGUGGUUCAUUAAAUACCAUCACAGGAGAUACUGAAAUAGAAAUUCGCGCAUCGGCUUUGACACCGAUACACUUUUCUUUGUCAACCCAUAAUGCUGCCCUUCUAUUGGCGAUUGUUGAAAGCGUAAAUGAUUCCAUAAAGCAUUUCGAAGAAAAAAGCACAUCCAUUGAAGCGAAAGAACCAAGUGCUUCAGCUCAAAAAGACAAAAAGAAUUUGGAUAAUUAUUUAGAUUCUCGAACGUCGUCAAGUCGAAGGUUACAGGAGGCUGUGACAUCGGAGAGGAACACUGCAUCAAUCACAACCAAAAUAAAAGUCAACUUGACCAUGCCUGAAGCUACAGUGACUAUUAUCAAUGAUUUGCAAGGAUUCGAUGAAGCGUUGUUCAGGAUAUCUGUGAAGGAAUUUGUUGCAGGUGGGCAGUAUCAAUCACCGAAGACAUUUUUUGACUUUAAAUGCAACACAUCAAUUGUUGCUGAUUAUUUUGAUUCAUCGGUAAAUCUUUGGAAUAUGCUCCUCAUCGAACCAUGGAAGAUUGAUAUCAUCGCAGAAAGAAAGCACUCCGAAAAUUACAAACCUCGAGCGAUCAGUACUUUCUACCUCGAGUCGUUUCCUUGCCAUGUCUCUUUUUCUGAACAGUUUUUACUCAGUCUUGCCAGUACUACCAGAAUGUGGAAAAUGUAUAGUGCUGCCACAAAUGGAUCGUCAGAUCAAGAUGGCGAUAAUUCAAAUACCACAGCUACUGCUGCUGCCCGAAACCGUAAUCUCUUAUCAUUCUUACCGAACGCAAUUGCAAAUCAUAGCGGAAUCGAUGUUUCGUUUUCUUUGGAAAGUGGAAGCAUUAAACACCGUCAAUGUCCAAAAGAAUGUGUAAAAUAUUUUCGUUUCGACCCACCGAAGGGGCAUGGGUACGGAGGAACGCGAGUGUACGGUCAAGAUGUGAAAGUUCCAAAAAUUGUUCAAAUCGAGGCUGCAGGAAGCGUCGCUAUGGUGAAUAUGGAUCUUGAGUUGAAUCUUCCCCCACGUGGGCACAAAGUCGGAAACAAACUUGUUCUAUUUACCCGCGUUGCAAAAGAAGGAGAAACUACAGUAAGUGCAGCGAAACAAUGUUUUAAAAUCUCAUCCUCAUUAAAAAAUAUAGUUCUGACCCAUUUCUAUCAUCUUCUGCAGGUUUUGCAUUUGAAAAGUCAUGUUGAGGUAGUCAACCGAACGUUGAUUCCCUUUCAAAUCGAUUUUCUUUACGAUAAAGAAACUUCUUCGGACGAAACAGAAAACUAUCGGAACGUGGUUUCAUCUUCUGUAAUUCAUGCGGGUAAGAUUAAACCGGAAAAGGCGAGCAACUUCGUUGUCCCAGUACCGCUUCUACGGAACUUUCAUAGGGAUUGGGCAAAGAAGGGUGAAGUGGAACUAUCGCUUGCGCUCACACCAUUACUGAGUGAUUCCAAUUUAUCUGGAAAAGCUUCAAUGCUUAUUUCUCAGCAGAAGAUGAGACGAGCUCCGAACCGUCGUAUCAAGGCGAGCACUGAAGUCAUUUGCAAAAGCGAUCAGCACCUUGUGCACAAUAUGCACCCAAUAGUGUUACGGGUCGAAUUUACGAUGACGCUUACUAAUAGGGAGCAUGCAUUUAUCGAGGUAUCGCUUCAGCCUCGUGCGAAAAUUGAAAAUAAGAUUCCUAUUCCAAUGAGAAUUUGCACUCCGAUGCCUCGAACCUUCAGCACAUGCAAAAAAGAAGAAGACAUGAAUGAAGAAACAUCGUACGUUGUAAAACGCAACGAAUUUAUUGAAGUAUUCACUCCUGGGCCUUCAAUAGCGAUUAAAAUUCGAACGCAAGAUAAUCCAAUCUCUGGUUUAAAGUUGGGUUGGAUGGAUAGUGAGUGGGUGUUCCUCCAACUUGAAAAAGAUCGGCUCCAAGACCCAAUCGUCGGAUUGUUUCCUCUUGAAACAGGUUAUUCAAUUCCUUCAGAAGUGAUGGGUACGAACAGAGAAGCUGGGGCCGAAUUCUUCGUUGUGCAGGGAAACAAGAGACUCAACACCCUCGCUGAUUUUAAUCCGCAGGACACAAAGAGCAAUGUUGUAGAAACGAAUGACGUUAUCGAUUAUCCUUUUACGUUCAUUUUGACAGUGCGCAAUUACGGUGUAGACCACACAGGUCAUAUUCUUUUUGAACAAAGGAUGGAUGUUAGAGAUAUUAGUUCCUCGGGGCAACUCCAACCGAGUGCGUCGGUAAACGAGAGUCACCGAAGUAUUAGAAGAGGAAGUCAAGAAAUCUCUAGGAGCUUCUCUCUGUUACCUAGAGGAAGUUCAAGGAAAUUGAAUGGAGGAGAACCGCUCUCAUUAGGCGCAUUUUCAUCACCGAAUCACCGAAGGCGUAUUUCUCUUCUGCCGAAUCCUCAGUUUCCACUGCGACUUCGUUACCUCACAAUAGAGGGAACGGAAGGAUUCAGAAGAACGAAGGUACGUAUGUGGAUUGCUAUGCCGACUUGCAUCAUAUUAAGUAUUCAAACUUUCGUAUUAUUAACGUUUCCCGAUUCGGACUCUAGCCAUUUAUGAUUGAAAAUCUACCGAUCGGAGAUGGUGGUGCAUCUUCUAUGCCAAUCCAAUGGGAAAAUAAACAGCAGAGUGGCCUUUUUGCAUAUGGCAUCUUGAUUAAUGAACACCAGUUUGAGGUUCAUAUUGUCCCUGAAUUUCUUGUUUUCAAUGGUGGCAAAAGUGAGGUUUUAGUAAAAGAAGAGUCUAUGC